CUACGACAUACAUAGCAGACGCCUGCUCAUCUAGAGAUCCGGGAAUCCUCCACAUACACCAUGGCGACCUCAUUACGAACGCUGCUCCCGAGAGCUGUGCGAAGAGCUGGCAGCAAUGUACGAUGGACCAGCAUUGGACAACAGCGAUCGUAUGCAAUGCGCGCACCAGACGCCAACGAUCCAGCACUCAGCAAGGUGGAUGUCUCGCAAUUGUCCAUCACCAAGACCACAAAUCCUAAACCAAUCACCCCAAAGAACGAGCUCAUAUUCGGCCACACAUUUACCGACCACAUGAUGGCACUGGAAUGGACAGCGGCGGAGGGUUGGUUGGCGCCACGAAUAACACCAUAUCAAAACCUCUCGCUCGACCCAGCGACAUGUGUACUGCAUUAUGCGUUCGAGGCAUUCGAAGGGAUGAAGGCAUACAAGGACAAGCAGGGCAAUGUACGGUUGUUCAGACCGGACAGGAACAUGGCGCGGUUGAACAAGAGUGUUGCACGGAUAGCACUGCCGACUUUCGACGGAAAAGCUGUGAUUGAAUUGAUCAAGCAGUUGGUGAAGGUUGACGAGCGGUUCAUCCCAUCAGAUCGCGGCUACAGCUUGUACAUUAGGCCCAACAUGAUCGGCACGCAACGUACACUGGGAGUCGGCCCUCCCGGAAGUGCUAUGCUUUACGUGAUUGCCUCACCCGUGGGACCAUACUACCCAACUGGCUUCAAGGCCGUCUCGCUCGAGGCCACUGACUAUGCCGUUCGUGCGUGGCCAGGCGGUGUCGGUGCAAGCAAGCUUGGUGCCAACUAUGCCCCGUGCAUCGUUCCGCAAAUGCAGGCCGCCGCGCGAGGAUUUCACCAGAACUUGUGGCUCUUUCAGGAGGUUGACCCGGCCACCGGCAAGGUUGAGGACUAUGUAACUGAGGUGGGUACCAUGAACAUAUUUGCCUGCAUCAAGAACAAGGAUGGUCAAAAGGAGAUCAUGACGGCGCCGCUCGAUGGCACUAUUCUUGAAGGCGUCGUUCGCGACUCCGUUCUGACGCUCGCACGUGAGAGACUGGGACCGCAGGGCUGGAAGAUCUCUGAGCGAAAAUUCACCAUGGGGGAAAUGGUUGAAGCUGCGAACGAAGGCCGACUGUUGGAGGUUUUCGGCUCUGGUACAGCAGCAACUGUUUCGCCGGUGCGAGCCAUUUCCUACAAGGGCAAGCUGGUGGAUUGCGGACUGCCGGAGAACAGCGAAGUCGGUCCCAUCGCUCUGCAGAUGAAGGACUGGAUCGAGGGCAUCCAGUACGGUGAGGAAGAGCAUGAGUGGAGGUAA